AUGUACCUGCCGAUGCGUAACCACAUCGUGAUCCCGGCUACGGUGCUGCGGAUGCCUCUGUUCUCGACGGCGGCGCCUAUGUCGUUUAUCUACGGCGGCCUAGGCGCAGUGUUGGGUCAUGAAAUGACUCAUGCGUUCGACCCCGUGGGCAGCCGUUGGGAUGCACGGGGUCGCCAGAGAGACUGGUGGACGGCUAGCUCGAGGCAGCUGUACAACGGCCGCCUCGUCUGUCUGCGCCUCUCUCACGGAACAGCCCAGGCCGAUACUGACGCCGAGAACACCGCCGACUUCGCCGGGCUCGUGUCAUCCUACAUCGCCUACUCGAACCUGGAGGACACGCAACAGCUCGAGGGGCUCCCGUACGACGCGGAACAGCUCUUCUUCAUCUCAUCGUGCAUCAAGUGGUGCGCCUCUGCCGGUGCCGGCUACUCGAAGCGCUACGCGCCCUGGUGGGAACGCUGCAACGUGCCACCCAAGAACAUGGAGGAGUUCGCGGAUGCCUUCCAUUGUGCCGUGGGAUCCGCCAUGCGGCCCGCCCAGCGCUGCACUUUCUGGUAG